AUUCGCUAUGUGGGCGUGAAUGCCGAAUUUGGAAUUGAAUUUUCGUCACAUUCAGACGUGUGUGUUGGAAUUUGGUGACGCCCGUGCCAUUGAAAGUAGAAAACAUGUUGCGUGUUCAUUUAUCGUUAGAUAUUUUAUGAUAGUGUGUUCAUGAGAUUGUUUAAAUGUAUUCGAAAAGGAUCACCGUUAAAUAGAAAUGAACCAAGUUGCAACAGACGACAGUAUGAGUGACGACGUGUUCGAAGAGGACACGCUGCGUGCACCCGCGCCCCGCAGCACGCCUUCCCCAACUGGCUACCCGGACUACCGACCCCCCACCGACCCUCCGCGCUCGCUGCUCGACGAAGACUUACCUAUACACAAGACAAUCUUGCUGGGCGACAGUGGCGUCGGAAAGACUUCCCUCCUCGUGCAGUUUGAGACGGGCAAAUUCCAGCCGGGUAACUUCUCGGCCACGGUCGGCAUUGGAUUUACGAACAAAGUAGUGACGGUGGACGGCGUCAAGGUGAAGCUUCAGAUUUGGGACACGGCGGGGCAGGAGCGCUUCCGUAGCGUAACUCAUGCGUACUACCGAGAUGCACAUGCUCUCCUACUUCUGUACGACGUGACUAACAAGACGAGUUUCGACAACAUACGGGCGUGGCUGGGCGAGAUACGAGAAUAUGCACAAGAUGAUGUCGUCAUCAUGCUUCUGGGAAACAAAUCGGAUAGCGGCCUAGAGAGAGCAGUGCGGCGGGAGGAGGGGCAGCGGCUGGCGCGAGAAUAUCAAGUCGCCUUUAUGGAGACGUCGGCUAAAACCGGACUAAACGUGGAAGCGGCGUUCGGCCAUGUGGCGCGGGCUCUCGUCGCAAAAGCGAACCCCGUGGACCCAGCGCGCCUGGCGGUGCGCGCGCAGCCGUCGCAAGAACAAAAGUCCUCGUGCCCGCCAUGUUCCUAAAUUGACAUGCACGUUUU